ACAUCUUACAAUCAUUAUCAACAUAGUGUACAGAACUAAUUUAGAGAGAAUUUCAGCAAAAUUAGAACAGUAUUUUUGCAACUCUCUUUGACAUCAGCCUCAAAAUUUGACGUAAGCUUCUGCGGAAUUUUUGUGCCGGGAUCUAGAAAUCGAGGGACCACAAGCCAUGAACGAACAACAGCAUAAGCAUAAACAUAAACACAGUUGUGUCAGUGUGUGAGUGAAAGCAUAGCAAAACAAGCGCGAAAGUAAUACGAUGGCCGAUAACACAGCGACCGAAGUAUCGACGGCAGCAGCUGCCGCUCCAGCAACCGUGGCCAAGUCCCCGAAGAAGCCCAAGGCCGCUGCAGGCCCCAAGAAGCCGAAGCAACCGGCAGCGCAUCCUCCAGUGAACGAGAUGGUGCUGGCCGCUGUGAAGGCACUGAACGAACGCAACGGUUCGUCGCUGCAGGCGAUCAAGAAGUACGUGGCGGCCAACUACAAGGCUGACGUGACCAAGCUGGCCACGUUCUUCAAGAAGGCGCUCAAGAGUGCCGUCGCCAGCGGCAAGCUGGUCCAGACCAAGGGAACCGGAGCGUCGGGUUCGUUCAAGCUGUCGGCCGCAGCCAAGAAGCCGGCGGUAGAGAAGAAGAAGGCAGCAGCCCCGAAGAAGUCCGCAUCUGCCGCGGACAAGAAGAAGAAAGUCGCCGCCAAGAAGCCGGCCGGAGAGAAGAAGGCCGCCGCCAAGAAGUCCACCAAGAAGGCCGAGGGUGGCGCAGCCAAGAAACCGAAGGCAGCCGCCGCCAAGAAAACCAAGGCCGCCGACGGUGCGAAGAAGGCCGCCAAGAAGCCAGCAGCACCCAAGCAGAAGCCCACGAAGCCAUCCAAGGCCGCGGCCGCCAAGCCAAAGGCACCGAAGCCAAAGAAGGCCGCAGCUCCCGCCAAAAAAGCGCCAACACCGAAGAAAGCCGCCGCACCAAAGAAGGCCGCCGCUCCAAAGAAAGCUGCAGCCAAGAAGUAAAGGACUACUUCACGGCGUUGUGCAGCCGCAAUUCGGCCUUGCAGUCACAUCCUUCAAACAACAGUCCUUCUCAGGACUACAAUUUGAUUCGGAAAAGAAAUUCGUUUUAACACCUCAACACCUCAUCACGGGACAAUCCCGUCUCGAUAAAACAAGUCUCUUAUUCUCAUUUUAGGUUAUGGAGUUCAACUCAGGCCGGAAUUAGUGCAAUUCUCUAAGCCACAUGUCGAACGAGAGCAGCAAUCCAGUACCUGGUUGACUGGGAGAUAAAGCUAUAUGAGUCUCGGGUACCACGUGUACCUGGUCGGGUAGAAGAUCUAGGUUAACACGGCAAAGACCUGAAAGCUAGUACCCUGUUAGACAAAUCACGUAUUUUUACUGGUCAACGUCAAACAUAGAUUCCACAAGGUCGUCCUGGUCUGUCUACUCUGGCUAUUCCUGGUUUUAUUCAGGAAGUCAGCUGCUCCAGACUCAUAUCUAAAAACGAAAAUUUGUGACCUUCUGAUGCGAUGUUUAUCUGCAU